GAGACCAGCAGUACCACACUCUGCUAUGGCUUCCUGCUCCUGCUCAAAUUCCCCCAUGUUGCAGAGAAAGUCCAAAAGGAGAUCUAUCAGGUGAUCGGCUCACACCGCCCACCAACCCUAGAGGACCGCACCAAAAUGCCUUACACUGAUGCGGUCAUCCACGAGAUUCAAAGAUUUUCAGACCUCGUCCCGAUUGGAGUGCCACACAAAGUCACCAAAGACACUUUGUUCCGAGGGUACCUGCUCCCCAAGAACACUGAAGUGUACCCCAUCCUGAGUUCAGCUCUCCAUGACCCACGGUACUUUGAACAACCAGAUGCCUUCAAUCCUGACCACUUCCUGGAUGCCAGUGGGGCUCUGAAGAAAAAUGAAGCUUUCAUGCCCUUCUCUACAGGUGAGAGGGACCUGUGCUUCCUUUCCAGGACACUGGAGGGCAGGCUCGCCCUUCAGGACACAGCCCGCAGCAUCAAACCUGACCUGAAGGAUACUCCUAUCCCAGAUGCAGAGGUCACCUGGUUCACAGAUGGCAGCAGUUAUGUGCAGAAUGGACAAAGGUAUGCGGGAGCCGCAGUGACAACAAUUACAGAGGCAAUAAGGGCUGAACGCCUACCACGGGACCUCAGUACAAAAGCCUUCUAG